AUGACCUCCAGUAAAGACAUGAAAGCAGGUUCUGUGUUGCAGUCCGGCGGCGAGGAGAGGAGGCGGGCUCCCUUGGACCAGCUGCCGCCGCCGGCCAACUCCAACAAACCGUUAACGCCUUUCAGUAUUGAGGAUAUCCUUAACAAACCCUCCGUGAAGAAGUCGGUCGCCAGUAUCUGUCCGCCCAGAGUGCUUGAGAAAGUGACGGGCUCCAACUCAGCGAGGAACGGGAUCACCACUCCGUCCUCGCCGCUGUGCGCGCUGGAGGAGCUGGCCAGCAAAACGUUUAAGGGUCUGGAAGUCAGCGUUAUCCAGGCAGCGGAAGGUCGUGAGCAUCUAAAUGCUUUUGGACAGAGGCAGACGUCUAAGAAGAGGAGAAAGUCGCGGACAGCCUUCACGAACCACCAGAUUUACGAACUGGAGAAGAGGUUUUUGUACCAGAAGUACCUUUCUCCGGCCGACCGUGACCAAAUCGCGCAGCAGUUGGGACUCUCCAACGCGCAGGUCAUCACCUGGUUUCAGAAUCGCAGAGCUAAACUCAAGAGGGAUCUGGAGGAGAUGAAAGCAGAUGUCGAGUCGCUCAAGAAAAUCACCCCACAGACCCUGCAGAAGCUUGUCACCAUGGACAACAUUGAGGACCCCCAGAGUGGGGGCCCCGGGGCCAGAUCGCCCAGUAUCUCCCCGACUUCUCAAGGACACCGGGCCUUCCCACAGUCCCCCUCCUCGUCAAGAGACCAAACCACGGAUGAAUUCUCGGAGGAUGACGAGGAAAUCGAGGUGGACGAUUGA